UUGUUUGGAACUUAAUUUUUAUGUUUUGCUCGAAAUAAAACAAGAAACUAAUGGGCAACAAACGAAAGCGAGAUAAAUUAACAGAAGAAGAGACCUGUCAGAGUAAAAGAUGCAACACACGCUCGCCUUCGACUGUUCGUGAGUCAAAAGAAAAUUCAGUUGAUGUAAAUCGCAAAAUAAUCCGACAUUAUCCUGAUUAUAAGAACGUUCACAUUUUCCAUGCGAACUUGAUUUCAGAGUUCGCUUCAAAACCUGUUUAUUCAGAACCUGAGCCAUGUGCUACACCUGUGCGUCAAACACAGACUGAACCAUCUAAAACACUUCGAUGUUCCAAAAGACUGAUGCGUUUGUGUUCCCAAGAGACUUACUUUGACCUCGGUGAAAUAGAUACGUACAGAGACGAUACAUUUUGUUACAAACUAUCAAUUGAAGAAGUUCAUCUACCUAUCCGUUGCCUUCAACAUCAAACUCAGAUGAAUGAAGUUCUGCGCCUUGCAUUAGUUAAAUGGAUCACAGAUGUUCACCACAGACUCUAUUUAUGUCAAGAGACUCUUUUCAAAACUGUCAACAUAAUUGACCGCUUUUUUUCUCUUGUGGACGUACAUACAGAAAGUUUGCAGAUGCUUGCACUUGCAUCUUUAUUGAUAGCUUCAAAAUACGAAGAAGUAAUCCCGCCAGGUAUCGAUGAACUACUUGAGGAAAUUAAUGUGAAGAAAAAUUAUCGCAUAUUAUUGAAAAAAUUUGAACGCUUCAUUUUGAAAGCUAUUUCUUUUAACCUUUCCCAUCCAACUUCACUAUACUUUCUGGAAUAUUAUGCUGAUGUUUGUAUUCGGAAUGCUGAUUUGAGUUGUAUAGAAGCUUUAAAAAAUUCCUUAGCUACAUGCCGCUUGGUACUAGAACUUUCUCUCCAAGAUUACCAAUUGUCACAGAUAAAACCAUCAUUAUUGAGCAUAUGCCUAUGGCUACAGAGCAUUUCCAAUUCGAAGGAAGUUUCUGGAUUCAUCUUACCAAAUGAACAUUACAGUUCAUCUGCUUUUAAUGACUGCUUCAAUAAAGUUAGAUGGUUAGUUUCGAGUCUUCGACGGCGUUAUCCUGAUUUAGAUACCAUAAGUAAAUGGUAUAAAUCUUAA